UUUUUAGGUUAGAAAAAUAUGAACUGUUUUUAUUAUAUCUAAACUAUCUUGUUCAAAAUGAAAAAACAUUUAAUAAUAAACAAGAAAUACUCGACCUUACGUUUAAACAAUUUUAGAAGCUUCUGUGUAAAAGUUAAUACUUUUCAAGAUGAUUUUGAUAAGAAUCAUAUUGAAACCAAUUUUAUGCAAAGGACACUGCUAUCUGUAGGAUCUGCCGCAAUUUCUCUGUUAAAUCCGCAUAGAGGUGAUAUGAUAGCAUGCCUAGGCGAAACAACUGGCGAAGGAGCAGCAAGAUAUGUGUUAUCAAAAAUGCAGGAGAAUAAGGAAGGUUGUAAAAUAUUACAGGAGCAACCUAGAAUUAAUACAAGAACUGUGGAUUUGAAGUAUUUGGAACAACUACCAGAUGGGACAUUAGGAAAAACCUACAGUAACUUUUUGAUUAAAAACCAAGUGACACCGGAUUCUAGAAUGCCUGUACAGUUUGUAGAUGACAUAGAAUUAGCCUAUGUACUUCAAAGAUACAGGGAAGUUCAUGAUCUAAUACACACAGUUCUGCAGAUGCGUACCAACAUGCUAGGGGAAGUAACAGUGAAAUGGGUUGAAGCUAUUCAGACUAGAUUUCCCAUGUGUAUUGGAGGUGCCAUUUUUGGCCCUGUUAGGCUGUUACCAAAACACAGGCAGCAAUAUUUAAAAUAUUACUUACCUUGGGCUAUUAAAACAGGCACCAAUGCAAACUUUCUGCUAAAUAUUUACUUCGAGAAGAGAUGGGAACAACCUCUUACUGAGUUUUAUAAAGAAAUGAAUAUAGAGCCCUUGAAAUUAAAGUAAUUUAUUCAGUAUUCACUAGCAAUGUUAAAAACUAGUGCGAGGUAAUUAUACUCAAAAAAUAUGUCGCCAUUAUAGUAUAGAUAGUACCAGUUGUGGGCAUGUGGCACAUUGCAACAUCUAAUAACUUUCAUGCAUAUGUAUACUAAUUCAAUGAAUAUGCCUUUAUAAUGUUAUUCAGAGAAUAAGUUGUAUAUGGGUUUGUUAAUGUACUAUAUGAUUUUUAAAUCAUGGGAAUAAUGUUUGUUAAAUUUUAAAAUAUAUGUUUUGUUUU